UGACUCCCCCUUGCCGGUGUCGUCGCGCGUGUGCUUUGUAAAGUUCCACGACCCCGACUCGGCCGUGGUGGCCCAGCACCUGACAAACACUGUGUUCGUUGACAGAGCCCUCAUAGUCGUUCCCUAUGCUGAAGGUUUGUAACUUGUUUGGUGUUCUAUGGGGCCACCCUUGGGUGGUGGUUGGUUCCUGUCCAGUGCUCAGAAUUUAACAGUAGUGUGUCAAACACGUCAGAGAGUGCCAUUCUGAAACCCUUGGUAUAUUGCCUUGGCCCCUGCGUUUGGUCACUGUGUUUCCAUAGUGACACCAAAUCUAACUGGAAAGUUUUGUGUGUCUUGGAGUUUUUUUGUGUGUGUCUAAGAACAUUUUAGGCAGAAUUCUAUGCCAAUUUUGCUCUGUGUCAGUCUCAAUGAGACGUUUUCCCAAACAGUUUGUAAUGCAAACAGGUCCAUAUUUUAAGAAAAUUUUACCUUAAUAAUUGUUUCACUCUCUUCAUGAGAAUGGUUUCUCCCUCCCUGAGAGUGCAUGGGAGAGUAAUUAACAUUCCUUUGGGCUAUGCUGCCACUGCAUUUAUUUGGGAACAUCCCCAAAAAAAGGCCCUCACUCUCCUUGUGGAGUCCAGUAUACCAAGGGUUUGAAUAAUUACGGUUUAAUUCAAAAGUGACAACUUCCAAGAGGUGCCACAUGGGCACUGGUCCUAGUUUUUAAUUCCAAGUUUUCUUGUUCAUCCUUGAUAUAUUUAAUAGAAUUUCACUAAAUAAUAAACUCUUCUCUCUGUUAUUUGUGUGUGUGAUUUUUGUAGUGGAGAAGGCAAAUGCAAAGCCCUUCCAGAUGACUGAAAAACAGUGGGUCCUCUGCAGCUACAGGGGAUUCUAGCCCUUAACUAAAGGCCAGCAAGCACUCAAGUCCCCAAGUGUUUUCCUGGUGUAACCACUUGUUAACUACAUUUUCUCUUCUUCUUUUUAUUUUUACAUUUUAGGGUGUUACAGUAAUUUGAAAGGCAAUGAGCAGGGUUUUUGGAACUUACCUUAAAAGCAAAGUGCUGAGAAGACACCUCUUCUUACAGAAGUCUUAUUAAACUCUUCUAGACUUGCUUUAGAAGUAACUGAUUUCCAUUGUACUUGUGCAUUUCUUGAUUUACUUCUGGGAAAGGUUGAAUUGAAUAAAAUCUUGCAGAUUAAGUCAUACUACACUGCUAAGUUGGGUACAUGGCCUGGGGUCACACCUGUAAUCUUAAUCUGUCCUGCUGGAGCUGUCUCUUGAGGCCUGGGGAGCUGUCUUAUCUUAUCUUUGUAUUCUUUAAGCUUAAAAGAUACGAAACUUAAACUUUAAAAGAUGUCCAGCCUAAUUCCUGGAGUGUAGGAAUGUGCAGUGUGGCCUCUGACUGAGCCCUGCUGCUCCUGAGGGCACAGAGCCCCUUCUGCAGUGGAGUUACUGCUCCUGCUGCCACUGCUGCAGAACAGCAGAGCUGAGAGCUUCUUGUCCCUGCGUGGGUGUUAACACAGCACCAGGCCAGUGGGAUUCUGCUGCAAUAUUCUCCAAGGCCCAUGGGAAUAAUGCCAGUGUUUAACUCUUCCUACAAGGAUAAACCCACUUUUCUCUUUGUCAGUCUCACUUUGUCCACUCUGGAUAAACCUGGCACACAGAGAAACCUGCCCAGCAGCUGGGCUGCAGAAAAUGCAAUUAUUAAAGUAGAAUAUUUUCCUGGGCCUGUCAAGGAGUCACUCCUGGGCUGUACCUUGUGUUGUCUGACAGUUCAGAAUUUAAUGGCCUUGGCACAUCCCAAGGGAGAUGUUCAGCCAAUAAAAGCAUUGCCCCUGGGUUGAUAAUCCCAUACUUGUGUCCCUGUGCUGGAAUACAGUUUCCCCCAAAAUUCAGCUGCCAGGGUCCCAGCAGGAGCAGCAUUUCCCCAGCCCACAGUGCCACUGCUGAUGUGCUUAAAGCCAGGCCUGUGCUGAGUGGGGCCCUCCUCUCUCUGAUGUCUGCUGUGCUAAUGAACCUGUGUGAUUAUUGCCUGUCACUAAAGCAAAUGUUUAUUAUCUGUUUAGUGCAAUAAUUCCCCCCCUGUCCCAAGUUUUAGCUCACACAGACACUUUGGUGUUGGCUGUUGCUUUGUGUUAUAGAACUAUACACAAAGGCUACGGUAAGGUUUAGUAUUUGUCAUUUUCUCUGGGCUAAUUCCUGGAUUUGGAAGGAACUCUUAAGGUUAAAGAUGGCUGGGGGGGGUGUUUAGGUUCUUUGGUUAAUGUUUGUUUCUUUUGUCUGUUUCUUUUUCUUUCAUUUCUACACAUUCAUGCAGUAUUUCAUGGUUCUAACAAAGCAGCAGUAAAAAAAGCUCUUGAAGCAUGAAAAUUAACUGGUGAGGGGCCUCAUUGCUUUUUUAAAAUUGUAGUUUAUUUAAAUACUUUUAAAAGAAACAAUUAGAGGAUCAGAUGCAUGAAUUUUUUUAAUGGAUGCAGAUCUUCUGUGAGGUGUCUCGAGCUAAGUCUGAGGAUUUGUAUUUAGAUGCCAGAAAUGUUGUAGUUGCACUAAUUUGAAAUGUUUAGCUGUAAUUGAUAAAUAUCCUCUUGAGACAUAAUUUUGCAUGCCAAAUGACCCCAUAAUCUCUCUGUAGGUAUGUUGAUAUAUUUAUGCAUUCCUGCCCUUUGCCUCCAUGACCUUUUUCCCUGUCCCUCCAUAACUUUGGGUAUCUAAAGUGCUGCCAGCUCAGUGCCACGAGCCAGAUAUCAGUGCUGUGUAUUGUACAUUUGUGUAGAUUAUCGGCACUUCUCAGUAUAGGUGGGAGGAACCAUUACCUUUAUUUAACAGUGGUUUUUCUUUUUUGUUGUUGUGUUUUACAGUUCUUUUCCCUGGUUCAGCCUGAACUAUAUACCAGGCCCUGCUGAAAAUACCACCCAACAGUUUUCUUCUGCAGCUUAUCCAGUUUCUCUUAAGUGCCCUGUACAUAUUGUAUGUUUUAUGAUGAGAUGCAGUUUCUUAAUAUGUAUUACAGAAACACUACUGGUAUUUGCAACUAUAUAGUAAAAUUGUUUUAUUGAACUCUCAUUCUGGGGGCUUGGGCACAUUAACAAAUUAAUCCAUCUGUAUAGGGCUUUUGCUGUUGGAUAGAGUAAAACUCCCUCCACACCUGUUUGCUAGUAGGGCCCUGAGCACUCUGUGUGCAGAGCAGGCAGUGCAGUAACCCCUGGGCUUAGCUGGCUGCAAGAGUCCCCUGUGCCACGGCAGGUGGCAGCAGCACUGCUGGCGCUCUAGGCUGGCACGUAUUGGAGCAAAAGCAUUUUACUGCACAGGUAAGGAAUGUGCCAGCAUCCCUGUGUGUGUCCCAGCCACAGACACAGCCCCAGCCUUCCCGGAGAGCCGCAGGGACCGCACUCCCUGUGCCACGUCAGCAAAAGCCCUACCCAAACACCCGUCCCUUCUCUUUAAGUUUGCCAAAAUUUGUAUGGUAGGUGUAAAAAGAAAACAUAGUGAACUGUACCAUAUUAUUAACCCCUAAAUCCAACUUUUUUUGUCUUGUGUAUCUUGAUUUUUCUGUGUGCUUUGUAGUGAAGCAGCCGACACGAGUCGUUGUUCAUAAAACAGCUUUUGAAAGUUGAGAGCACUCUCACCCCUGGAGAACCGACUGUGCUUGCUUACGUUUGGUUCAUGACUUAAAAAUCGAGUACAGGAGUCAUUCCUGAUGAGACUAAGGCUUUGUCUCUCUUGGCACCAGCUAAUGCCGUGGCAGGGCUGCUGCCCGGGGGUGGCCUGCUGCCCACUCCCAACCCUCUCUCUCAGAUUGGUGCUGUCCCUUUAGCUGCUCUAGGAGCUCCUGCUCUCGACCCUGCCCUUGCUGCUCUUGGGCUUCCUGGAGCAAACCUGAACUCCCAGUCUCUUGCAGCAGAUCAGCUCCUAAAACUGAUGAGCACAGUGGAUCCAAAGUUGAACCACGUGGCUGCAGGUCUCGUGUCCCCCAGUCUGAAAUCAGAUACCUCCAGUAAAGAAAUAGAAGAGGCCAUGAAGAGAGUCCGAGAAGCACAGUCCUUAAUCUCUGCUGCUAUAGAGCCAGACAAAAAAGAUGAAAAGCGAAGACAUUCAAGGUCGAGAUCGCGCUCGAGGAGGAGGAGGACACCUUCCUCAUCCAGACACAGACGCUCCAGGAGCAGGUCAAGGAGAAGGUCCCAUUCCAAAUCCAGAAGCAGGAGGCGAUCCAAAAGUCCGAGGAGAAGGAGAUCUCAUUCCAGAGAGAGGAGCAGGAGGUCUCGGAGCACGUCCAAAACCAGGGAUAAAAAGAAGGAAGAGAAAGAAAAGAAACGUUCUAAAACUCCCCCCAAAAGCUACAGCACAACCAGAAGAUCCAGAAGCACAAGCAGAGAACGGCGGCGCCGGCGGAGCCGGAGCGGGACGCGGUCCCCGAAAAAGCCCAGGUCUCCCAAACGGAAAAUGUCCCGGUCCCCGUCGCCCAGAAGGCAUAAAAAGGAAAAGAAGAAGGACAAAGACAAGGAGAGGAGCAGAGACGAGAGGGAGCGGUCAACGAGCAAGAAAAAGAAGAGCAAAGACAAGGAGAAGGAUCGAGACCGGAAAUCCGAGAGCGACAAGGAUGUGAAACAGGUCACAAGGGACUACGACGAGGAGGAACAGGGCUACGACAGCGAGAAGGAGAAGAAGGAGGAGAAGAAGGUGGCGGACGCUCCCUCCCCCAAAGGGAAGGAGCCCGCGGCCGAGAAGGGCAGCGGGGAUCCGGGCAGGGAGUCCAAGGUGAACGGGGACGACCACCACGAGGAGGACAUGGACAUGAGCGACUGAGCCGCCCACAGCCCCUCAGUGUGAUCCUUUAUGCUGUACUUGUUAAUCCUCAACCUAGAUGUAUCCAGCUCCGAGCUCUCCAUGGUCUGUCCAUCCCGAUACUAACUCACACCCAAAGCUUGAGACAGGGAUCCCCUGCUCCGGGGCCCAGCUGGGGCCGGGCCAGCCCGCACGGUGCUGGGCCACCCCUCCUCCUUCCCUCCCUCCCUGCUUCCCUCCCUCCCUCCGGAGUGUCCCGGGCUGAGCCAGCAGCGUGGCAGCGUCCCAGGGGUGUGGGGAGUGUGGCACAGCCCCCUGUCCUGUGGGAAUGCCCUGGGAGUGUGGCACAGCCCUCCUGUCCUGCAGCCACCGAGGGGUCGGCCUUGGAUCGCACCAGCUCUUUGUGCUCUUGGCUUUAGUUCUGGUUUUAAGCCACGUGCUGGGCUUGGUUGGGUUUGCUUUCCGGCGGGUUUUGGUUGGCUUUGCCCAGGGUUCUGUGCCCUGACCUUCCUGAGGGCUCUGUCUCCACUGUGUCCGUUCAGACCUCGGGAAGGGGAAUCCUGGCCGUGCCCAGUGAGGGAGGGUUGGGGGAGCAGCCUCACCCAGGGCUGGGGCUCAGGAGCUCGCCCGCUGCAGCAGGGAGUGCAUUUUAAAAUGACCUUGGUCUGUUUUUAAAGCAAGUCCAUUGAUAAUGUACUUUUUACUUGAUCUCAAGUUGUACAAACAGAUAAAUUUGUGUUCCUGUCCCGGCCGUUCCCUCUCCCGCACUCGGUGAUCCCAUGGUAUUUGCAGAGUAGUUACCCAAAGCUGUUCCUUAGUUCCAGCAGCUCCAGAGCUUUUACUUUUGUGCAGGUAAAGAGACAAAAGUAGCCGACAGUCUGUGCCAUGUCGAUGUACAGUUUCAGAAAAUGUUUUACAAAACUUUGAUAAUAAAACCCUGAAACUUCA